ACGCGUGUAAACACAACUCCUAACGGGAUUUUAUUGAGCUCGAGUCGAUGCGGCGCUUUACACUCGCAGAAAGCUCAUAGAUGACCUUCAUAUUUCACUGAAACGCCUAAUCUUAGACUAUUAACGUCUUCUUGAGCUUCACAUUAUAAAAACAUGCAAUUGGCGCCACACCAUCGCCUCACACAUCAUUUUUGGGAAAAAGAAACAACAUCACCAAAACUUCCAUUCUUGCACCGAGAGAACAGACGGGGUCGUCCCUCAGGAAUGCAUCACAUCUCGGAACAGCAUCCCUGGCAACCUCCGGCCAGAACUCACAGAAGAGACGAAAUAUUCCUGGAGGAGCAGAACGGAUAUGUUCCUUCACGGAGAGCUUCUGACGUGGACAAAGUGUUUCCUCUAAAGCCGGUCCUCCACAAGAGAGCAUACAGCCUGAGCAACUACCACAUCAACAGUAACGUCUCAGAAUAUCAAGAGAGAUUUUAUUCAUGUCUCCCUAGACUGACUGAUGUUAGACAACAGCAGAAGUGUGUGAGGAAACCAGAUGCUCCUAAGUCAAGCCAUGAACAGAUAACAGGAAGAAACAGAACAACAAAGAGCCAUUCAGACGGUGAGCACCGCAAACAAAAAGAUUCAGAGAAACUGUCCAAGGAGAUCCACUCGAAGGAGAUGAUACUGCAGGAGAAGUUUUAUAAAGCCGGGGAAACCCUGCGGAGAAUCCAGAGAGAGAGGACGGGUCGACACGACAGUGUGACCAGAGACGAGAGAAAUGAACGGUUUUUAGAAAAAGAGAAGUGGGAGAACAGAUUGGACAGUGACCGGAAUGAUGGAUGGGACAGAUAUGCCCAUGAAAGGAGGGAAAGCAAGGACGACAUGGGACGAUGGGAAGAUUGGGAACGUAAGGUGAAUGAAAAAAUAAAGGGGGGCAGGAGACAACCUUUGACCUCAGAGAUGACAAAGUUGAAGGAUAAGAGAGAGCGCGACGGAUAUGAAAACACAGUAAAAGGGCGGAGAGGAGAAACGAUGAGAGAGAACGGGAUGGGAUGGGAUGCACGGGACAUGAGCCACCGGAGGAAUUUGGAAGAGGUCGAGAAAUAUGACGGAAGAAGAGAGAACAUGAGAAAACCAGGAUCAUCAGACAGAUCUCAUCUCAGAUUCACAAAUGUGCUUCUGUCAGAGAGGAGAGAAAGUAAUGAGACUUCGUAUGAACCGACGUCAGGCGGCAGGAGAAGAAAGAGUCCGGACAGGAUUCCCAGUCAGAGAGGAAAGCGCCUCCUGCAGGUGGAACUCAGUCCGGAGGAAAAUGCACAAGAACUCGUGGCGUGCUGCGUGUGUCAGAGACACUUCUUAACAGACAGACUGGAGACGCACAUGAGGAUCUGUGAGAAAAAACGCCCUCAGCGUAAGAUCUUUGACAUGUCCCGGCACAGGGCCAAAGGAACCGAACUGGAGGAAUUCAUGAAGACCAACGGCAGAAGCAAGACGCCCGAAGAGGUUAAGAAGCGAAACAUGUGGCGUCAGAAACACGAGGCCUUCAUUCAGAUCAUGCGUCAGGGCCAAACUCACGUGCCACAGUCCGCUUUAAACCUGAAUCCUGAAUAUAUAAGCUGCCCUCACUGUGGCCGGACGUUUGCCCCGGGACCGGCGGAGAGACACAUCCCCAAAUGUCAGAACAUCAGGAGCAGACCACAACCGCCCAAACAACUACACAACACCACCAGGAAAAAGAUCACGCGCAAGUGAACAGUAAAGCGGCAGAAACGCUUUUAGUGCGAGAUGUAAUGAUGUUUUGCUUUUCCAGAAUAUCACCUUGGAAUAAAAUGAAAUUAGAAUUAUGACAAAUAUAAAACGAGGCUGCAUGUAUGUAGACAGCAAUGAGGUUCACAUUUAUUUCAGACGCAGCCGUGCUUUUAUUAGACAGUGAAACUCUGAUGUCCUUAGAAAACAAAUAAAUGUGAAGAAUGUAUAAAUUAGAAUAGUUUUAACUGCCUCAACAGAUAGUCAGGUGUUUUUAUAGUUGUUUCUGUUAACUUGACUUGAUUUUGAAAUGACACAUACUUCAGUUCUUUGUUUUGGGAUUGUUGUGGCUUUUAUACACUGACUAUCCAAUGAAACUCAAUACAUAUGAUAUAUAACAUAGUAGUUCAUGUUAAAACUCUUCAGAAGACAAUAGUUUGUCAGGAACGCUCCCACAUUGAUUCAGGGGAAAGUCACUCGUCUCCACCUGCUGGUGUAAUGAUGUACUGCGUCAUCAUCGAAUAUUCUUCAAUGUGUUUAAUAUGGUAAAAUAGUGGCCAAAAUGAUUCAUGAUGAUGAAUCUGCAACAAAUAAACAAAUGGUUUUACCCAUUUCAUUGAUCAUUUCAGUGAUAAUAUGGAACAUGAUGGAGUACAUCUGUCAUAAAGGUGGAAAAACAGAUGUUAUAAAUAAACAAUGAUUUACAUUUGAUGCAUUUGGCAGAUGGUCAGAGUGCAUUUAAUGUAUAUGCUUUGUUAUUGAGUUAGUUCUCUGUGAAUUGAACCGAUGACUCUCAAUGCAAAACGUUUUAGUAAUGGUCCUAAAAUACGCUUCGUUGUCUUUUGGACUAAUAUGUGACAUGUUUUUGAUGGCAGUGUUGAAAUGGGGAGGAGACGGUGACAGGGCUCUGCACCCCUGAUCUUAAAUACUGAUCUCUGGUUUUGAAUAAUGCUUGAAUACUGACUCUCGUGCCCAGAUGACAACAAGCGGCAUUUCUUAGGAGACAAUGUUGAGAGAGUGAUGUAAAUAAAAGUACAUUUAGAGCUACAUCUAUGUUUAUUUCUCAUAAUAAUAUAGAAAUUCAUCUCCGGAUACAAUGAGAUGCAUUCAAAGCCAAUUCAAAAAGCAUAUUUAGGUGCUGAUAAAGAAUGUGGCUUUAAUAAAUAAACCUGAUAACUUCCUAACACUAGUUCUUCAGAGACAUUCCUGUAUCUGUACAUGAUUCAUUGAAACGGCUUUUGGAACAAAGCUCAGUUCGAUUACGUUUGUGGACCACCCAAAAUGAUCAAGUUGUCACGUUUUUUUAAUUUAGUAUAUUUAUUCACCAUCACAUACUCCACUUUUUAAUGCGUUUGCCCAACUCUCUGUCACAAUGGUAAGAAUCAGUGAUGACAUCAUCUGUCCAUCAUCAUGCGAAAGGGAGUUGAGGGAAGACUUAUGUUGUUUACUUUCUUUAUUUUCACCCUGAUUAGGUGAGA